AUCGGGCGCACAAAGCCAAAGUCUUUGGCCGAGAAGAAUAGGGCGAGGGCGGCUCGAGCGCGGCUCAUGGCCCUGGGAGGAUGAUAGAUCACAAGCCGCAGAUCCUGGUGGCGCCGGCGCUGAGCAACAGCAGCUGCUGGCGCAGCCUGCCGGGCGGCGGCUUCGAGGCGCGCUGGCAGCAGCCCGGCUUCGGUGAGGUCCUACGUGCUGGGCUCAUACUGGCCCUCAGCCUCGGCAUACUUGGGGCCAAUUUGCUCGUCAUUUGCGUCAUCAACAGCCGGCGCUACCACAAGCACAUACACGCGCAGCCUCGGUACCUCUUGACGAGCCUCGCGAGCAACGACCUUGCGAUCGGGCUGCUGGUCACGCCGUUCGGCUUCGUCCCCGCCAUCUACAGCUGCUGGCCUUUCGGCGAGGUCGUCUGUCAGAUCCAGGCGCUGCUGCGCGGAGCACUGACCCAACAGAGCGCCGUCAUCCUCGUCUGCAUGGCGAUCGACCGAUACAUAUGCAUGCUGCACCCGCAUCGCUAUCACAGACAGUCCUCGAAAAAGCAAUACUGCAUGCGGCAGGGCUGCGUGGCGAUGAUGUCGACUACGUGGAUCGCGAGCGUGGCGAUUUUCGGCAGCCUCGUCCUGCCCAAGGGUGGCUACUACUUCAACGACACCGGCCUCCUCGCCUGCGAGCCUUUUUUCGCCAAGGCCUCGCUUAGGAUACUGGCGUGCUGCUGCUUCUAUUUCCCCACGACGAUGGCCCUGAUGUACUUCUACGGCUCGGCCUUUCACCUGAACAAACUGCGCCUCAAGAGGGUGGUCUGCGCCAACACGCCCGAAGUCGUCAGUGCCGGGCACAUCGAGCGGCUGGUGUUGAAUGAGCGUCGCCUGUCGACAUCGGCGUCGCGAACAAUGGCAGCCAUGAGUCUCGGCUUCAUUGUCAUGGUGACGCCCUGGACGAUCCAGGAAGUCGUGGCCGCUUGCACCGGAAGCAAGCCCCCGGCCUUCCUCGACUUCAUCGCCACCUGGCUCUCGCUCUCCAACAGCUUCUGGAACCCCUUUCUCUACUGGCUCCUCAACAAUCAUUUCCGACGCAUCUCGCGCGAGCUCCUCUACACCAAGCUGUUGUGCCGGCCAAAGCAGACGGAUGCGAAGCAGCAUUGUUGCGCCACCAACACCGGCAGCCUCGACGUCUGCAGCAUCGGUGGCUUGGAUAUAUCAGGUCUGGAGCGGUACUCGAUGGAACGGUGCUCGUUGGCGCGCUGCUCGAGCCUCUCGCUGACGGCGACGACGCCCCCGUUGCCCUGGGAGAUAACCCCCGGGGGGGUGCUCAUCACGUGAGGAAGGGACGCCGCCACGCAGACGGACGAGCUUCCUGACUCGCCGGACGACGAGAUCAGUUAGUACAACUGCAGCGUGGCGGCGUCAAACAACGCGGCGACGACCGGCUCGCGAUCGGUUGGACCACCAACUGGCGAUGGUGGAGGAGAAGGAGGUGAACCACCAGCACCACAGAGCCAGGAGGAGGAGGAGGACCCGAUCAUGUCGGUCAUAGCGGGUGGUAGGAGGCGAAGAGGUGGCCGUGGCAGGAGACGGGCGACCUCGUAUCGUGCUCUAUGGGUCUCCGGGGACUCGAGGCUGAUGCUCAUGCUCUGGGGCUACGCCGACACCGUUGCCUUUCUCCUCGUGAGGAACGGCACGUGCUACGCGUGCGUCUUCACUCGGGGCAGACACGGCUCGCUCGCCACCGUCGAGCGCUUGUCUUGAAUUGCGCAUCGUUGUUCAUAUUACCUUACGCUAUACCGAUUCCCGUUUUUUCCCUCCCUUCGGCUCGUCUAUUGUCAUUAUGCCAUCACUACUACUAUCACGCAAUAGGACGAUCAUGUCGAGUUAUAUUAUAUACCAUGCGUGCAGCGUCGAGUGCUUGCUUACAAAUAUUAUAUAUGGCCUUGUGUACAGUAUAUAUACAAUAAUUACAUGCACAUACAUAAAUCGAGGCAAAUCGUCGAUCGGUUUCAGGUUUUUUUUGUUUUUUUUUUUUUUUUUUUGCCCUUUCAGUCACCAAUUGGCGGUAAUCGUGCGAUCUCGGAUUUCAAGCUGGGAUGGACAUUUUCUUUUUUUUUUUUCCGCUGCUCGGUGCUUUGUUUCCCAUAAAGACAGUGGCGUAGAUCGCUGCUGCGGGUAUACAUUACACAUGUAUUAUAGGAUCUGCGUUAUUUCAUACGGCAUACCUAAUGAGUAUAAGCAUGUCUAUGUGCAAUUAUUACAGAGGUGCAAUUUUUGUCAACUUUGCCUGCUGGCACGGUUUUGUACAAGUAUUCUAUUUGGGCAACGUACGGGAUGAAUUUUACUACUUUGUUGUUGUUUGCCAGUUUUUCUGAAUAUCCAGUGGUACGAUCUGGUGGCCGGAUAAUGUGCAUUCAUCCGUGUAAAUAUCACAGCUCGCAGGCUCUGCUGUUAUCUCGCGGGGUGACCACAAUUUUUUGCUCCACGCAAAAAAAACAUGCCUUUAAUUUAAAAACGUUUACCUGUAAUAUUACCUCACUUAUUUCUCAUUGCGUCACUUUUUAUUUGUGCCCUGAUAGAGACCGAGACUUGAACCAGUACUUCUGGCGUAUUUUUGCCUCCGUCUCUCCACUGUUACAUUCACACCUGCUGGUACACCCAUACCAACACAUGCGCGUUAACGUAUACUAAUAAUCCAUCACGGUCGACCAGAGUACCAAAGAUGAAAUAGGGAUGAAUAAAAAAAAAAAAAAAAAUCACACAAGCGUUAAACAAAUAGCGAAAGAAAGGUAUUAUAUUAUACACAAAGGUCUGUUGCGUCUCGCUAUUCGUACCAGCAACGUUUUGCACUGUAGAAAAUUUGCACGUACGAUCAAGUUUAUAGAUAUAAAUAUUUCGAUUGACCAAUUAUCUUUUAGACUAUACGUACACGUAUAUAUGCAAGCGAUUCUUUGCACUAACAUUAUAUAUUAUACUUGCCUCGUAUUGAUACGUAUUACAUAAUAUACACUACACGUUAUGCGGUUGAAUAUAUUUCUCGAGCACAAAACUAAAGUAAUGCGUAAUGUUGGAAAUUAAAGAAUCGGUGGCUGAAAGGGAUUCGUAUAUACCAUAUACUUAUUGUCGGUUGCAAACGUAUUUUUCUAUUUACGUCUAUUGAAAUGCAUACUGUAUAUUUUACUAUGACUUGAAAGCACUCGAAUAUAUAAUUGUACUUGCAUCAUUGAAAAUUAUUGUACACUGAAUUUUAUCCUUUUCCUGUAUUGCGUGACAAAAUUUGUAUUAUAAUUUUCUUCGCUCUAAUAUAUAAAUGUAGAUGGGGGUGGCGAGGAUUUUAUAACAAGCAAUGUACGCACACUGAAAAAUAAAAUCAAGGACGUAAAAUCUGGAUUGAUUGUAUUGAAAAAUUUACCAAAAGCACAAAGCAAGAAAAAGUUGUAAGAAUAAUUGAAUGUUAAAUUGUUGUUAAUCGCCGGUUCAACACCGAUGCGACGUUUUUUUGCAAAAGUGGACGAUAAUCUGUACAAGCAUGCAAUUUUCAUUUUUAUAGAUUUUAUGUUCAACUGCAUUUUGUUUCAAAUCGAUGAAAUAAUGAAAAAAAA